AGAAUUUUGGCUGGGGGGGGGGGACUGAACUGAACCCGAACCGCCCCCCUGGCUACCAGCCUGGUAGAUAAAAAAUGAUAUGAAUGAACUUUUUAUGAUUUGUUUAAAUUGAAUGUUUUAAAAAUAUUGACAAGACCCUUUGAAUAAAAGCAUCUUGAUUGUGAUCAUUGUAUCAACUUUAUAAUGGGAGAUCACAAUCAGAUUGAAUGAUGAGAUUAUAAAGCAUGCUGUAUCAUAAUAAAUACCUGAGAUUUAUAGCAUGUACUCAAGUAUCUGUGAGAUUAUUAGAAAGUGUCACUGAAAAGGACAUACACAAUAUUACAUGGACUAAUACAUGGAAGAACAUAGGAUUUUAGCUUCUGUGAUAAAGCUGGAGUAAAUAGCAAUAUUCUCAAAAUUAAACUAAUUGUUCAAUAGUGAAAGGAGGAUAUUUAACAUCACAAUGGAAUGUAGAACUAUAGGGGCAAUGGGUUUGGGAUUGUGGUUAUACCUAGUGUUGGGAGGGGUAGUAUUUCACUUUCUGGAACAACAAAAUGAAAGUGAAACUAGACAAAUAACAAAGGCAACUCGUUUUGAGUUUCUAAAGAACUUUUCCUGUGUAUCAGUUGAGCAGUUUGAGUUCCUGAUAAAGACCGUAAUCAAGGCAUAUGACCAGGGUAUUAUAGCCACAAAUAAUACAGAUUCGGCAUCUAACUGGGAUGUAGCUGCCUCAAUAUUCUUCUCAGCAACAGUUGUCACCACCAUAGG